AUGUCGACCUGGUCCCGCCUCAUCCGCUUCGUCCCAGCAUCCGGCUCGACCCCCGUCAUCGGCGAGCCGUGCGACCCGGCACAAGACGUCGGCCUCGCCUCGUUCGCGGGCGACCCGAUCGAGGUCGACACGUUCACUGGCAGCUCGAUCCUCGACCCGGGCGAGCGCACCGGCACCAAGGACAAGGUCAAGACGAUCCUGUCGCCCCUCGCCCAGUCGGAAGUCGGCACCAUCCGCUGUAUCGGGCUCAACUACCUUCGCCAUGCCGAGGAGGUCAAGAUGGCGCUGCCCGAGGUCCCCGUCCUGUUCAUGAAGCCGUCCACCAGCCUCGCCGACCCGUACCCGGCGCCGACCGUGAUCCCCAAGGCGUUCGUCCAGGACCAGGCCGCCGACUACGAGUCUGAGCUUGUCAUCGUCAUCGGCAAGGCGGCCAAGAACGUGUCGGAGCAGGACGCGCUUGAUUACGUCCUCGGGUACACGGCCGCCAACGAUGUCUCGUCUCGUCGGGCUCAGUUCGCUCAGUCGCAGUGGUGCUACUCCAAGUCGUUUGACGGCGCAUGUCCUGUCGGGCCCGCCGUCGUCAACAAGGAGCAGGUCAAGAGCAUCGCCGAGCUCAAGAUCCGAGGGACGCUCAACGGCAAGACGGUUCAGGAGAGCGGUCUAGACGACCUCAUCUUCUCGGCCCCAAAAAUCGUCUCGUUCCUGUCGCAGGGCACGACGCUCCCUCCCGGUACCAUCAUCCUCACUGGGACCCCUGCUGGCGUCGGCUGGUCGAGCGAGCCGCAAACGCUUCUCAAGGACGGCGACGACUUCCGUGUCUUUGUGUCGCACGGCGUCGGCACGCUCAUCAACCAGGUCGUCGAGGAAAAAUAG